CGGCGCGCGCGAACGUCAUGUGCGCUCCGGAUCCGUACAACUUUAUUCUAGACCUAUGUUGCAAUUGCUUUUUACAUGUGUACUUUGUAAUAGCAUAGUACAUACUCCAGCUGUUCACUAUUCUUAUACUCUGAUGCUUUAGGCCUACUUUUAAAAUGGGGAAAUCGAAGAAAGGAAAGGUUAAGCAGGAAGUUAACCUGAGUUCGGAUGAUGAGAGCGGUUUGAAGAAUGAGAUGAUCCCUGAUGCAUCAGAAGAACUUGCAUCUGAGCAACCGAAGAAGGGAAAGGACAAGAAAAAGAACAAGAGGAACAAAUUAAAUGACGAUGAUCUGUUGGAAGAAAUGGCUGCAUUGGAGCUUGAGUCUGGAGUUGGACAAGCAGCCGAGGAGACACCUGAGACCUCGGAGCCUGCCCCACAACCAGCAGGCAAAAAGAAAACGAGAGGUGGUAAGAAAGGAAAGAAAGGAUUUGAUGAAGAUGAGAUGAUGGAAGAUAUGGCUGCAUUGGAGCUUGAGUCUGGAAUUGGACAAGCAGCCGAGGAGACACCCGAGACCUCAGAGCCUGCCCCACAACCAGCAGGCAAAAAGAAGACGAGAGGUGGUAAGAAAGGAAAGAAAGGCAUGGAUGAAGAUGAGCUGAUGGCAGAGGUUGCUGCCAUCGAAGCGGCCGGUAAGGGAGGGGGAAAGAAGAAGGACAAGGAGGCUGUGGAAAACCACCAAGAAACCAAGGUUGCAGAACCUGACGUUUCCAUGGAAACUGCCGAUGCAGAGCCUGAGCAGAGUCGGUCAACUGGCAAGAAGGGCAAGAAAAAGAAAGGAAAGGGAAAAGAUUGGAAUGAAGAUGAGCUCUUGGAAGACAUGGCUGCCUUAGAAGAGGGAAUAUCUCAAUCCAGUGAGAACGAAGUUCAAGAAAAGACUCAAGAGAAAGAGGCUGUGGAUACCCAAGACGGUGACGAAGAUGCCGGCCCAGUCAUGAAGACCGCUGCCCAAAAGAAGGCCGAGAAGAAGGAACGAGAGAAGAAGAAGAAGGAGGCGCAGAGGGAGGAAGCAAGAAGGAAAAGGCUGAAGGAACAAGCAAAAUCAACUGAAGAAGAGAAACCAAGCGACACCAAGGAAGAAAGGGGUGAUGAUGAUGGUGCUAAGCCUAAAGAAGAUGAAGGAGAGCCAAAAGAAGAUGGGGGAGAGGAAGAAGAGGAAGAAAGUGGCAAGAAGAAAAAGAAGAAGAAGGGAAAGAAAGGCGAGGAAGAGGAGAAGAAGAAGAAGCCUAACAGAGGUCAGCUGAAGCUGAUGCAGGAAGCCCUGAAGAAGAUGAAGGACGAUGAGGAGAGGUUGCAGGCCGAGGAGGAGGCCAAGCAGAAGGCUGCCGAGGAAGCAGAGGAGCUCAGGUUGGAGAAGAUAGCACUGGAGAAGGAGAGGAAAGAGAGGCAGAAGCAAAGGAAAAAGGAGAGGAUAGAGCAGAUGAAGAAGGAUGGGACGUACAUGACUCCCAAGGAGAAAGAGAAGAAGCGUCGAGCUGAGGAGAUGCUGAGGCUGAUGAAAGAACAGGGUGUUGCGAUCCCUACUAGAGAGGCUGGCACCGAGGAGACCAGGGUCGUCUAUGGGAAGAGGGAUAGGAAGAAGAAGAAGCCAGAAGAGCAAAUUUCAACGGAAAAAGAUAAUCAAGAGGAGGAGAAGUCAGAAGAGCAAGUGACGGAUUCUACCACCACCGCGGAGAACGAGGAGAAGGAGGAGGAGGAGGUCAAGACGGAGAAUGAGAUCAAAGAGUCUUGGGAUGCGGAGGAUGACGUGGCCGAUAACUGGGAAGAAGAAGAGGAGGAAGAAAAGGAGAACAUAGAGGAGAAAACGGACAAAAUGCCAAAAGCCAAAAUCACCAUCAAAUCACAAGAGAGCAAAGAGGAGGAGGAGGAUGAUGAAGAUGAAGAGGAGAGUGAAGAAGAUGAGAGCGAUGAUGAAGAGGAGGAGGAGGAGGAGGAAUCAGAGAGUGAUGAAGUCUCAAGCGAUGAAGAGAUGACCAAGGGGGAGAAAAUAAGACACAGAGCAAUGCAGAGGAUGGAGAAACGUAAGGAAGACGCCGAAAAGAAGAAGACAACGGAUCAUCUGAGGUCUCCGGUAGUUUGUGUCUUGGGUCACGUAGAUACCGGCAAAACCAAGAUCUUAGACAAGAUUCGUCAUAGCAACGUACAAGAUGGAGAGGCAGGGGGUAUUACACAACAGAUAGGUGCUACCAUGAUCCCUCAACAGGCUAUUCAAGACCAAACCAAAAUGUGUCGAGAGUUUGCCAAAGAAGAGAUGAAGAUUCCGGGGCUUCUGAUUAUCGACACACCCGGUCACGAGUCCUUCAGUAAUCUCAGGUCGAGGGGGUCAUCGCUAUGCGACAUCGCCAUCCUUGUCGUCGACAUUAUGCACGGUCUGGAACCACAGACGAUAGAGUCCAUCAAUCUCUUGAAGCAGAAAAAGACACCCUUCAUAGUAGCCCUUAAUAAAAUUGACAGGUUAUUUGAAUGGAAGUCUAGUCCUCAGACUGACGUCACAAAUGCCAUCAAGAAACAGAAGAGACACACCCGGGAUGAGUUUGAAGAAAGAACGAAAAACAUCAUCACAGAGUUUGCCGAGCAGAGUUUAAAUGCUGCCCUCUUCAACGACAACCCUGAUCCCAAGACGUAUAUCUCGCUGGUUCCGACAUCAGCUAUUUCAGGAGACGGUAUGGGGAACCUCAUGGCACUCAUUGUGACUCUUAGUCAAACCUUACUGGCAAAGAGAAUAGCCUUCUCAGAGAUGCUGCAGUGUACCACACUAGAGGUGAAAUCGCUACCAGGCCUUGGCACAACCAUAGAUGUUAUUCUCGUCAAUGGAACACUAAGAGAAGGAGACACGAUAGUGGUUGCUGGCCAGGAAGGGCCUAUUGUAUCCCAAGUCAGAGGUUUAUUGAUGCCACAGCCUCUCAAGGAACUCAGAGUCAAGAAUCAGUAUGCCAAGCAUAAAGAGAUUAAAGGAGCACAAGGAGUCAAGGUGUUGGCCAAGGAUCUGGAGAAAGCUCUGGCUGGACUUCCCAUGUUAGUGGCUGAGCAACCAGAUGAAAUAGAGAUCUAUCGUGAAGAAGUAGCGCACCUUCUCAAAGCUGCGCUUACGAGCAUCAAGAUGUCCGAGAGGGGGGUCUACGUCCAGGCUUCGACACUCGGCUCCCUCGAAGCUCUGCUCGAAUUUCUCAGGACUUCCAAAAUUCCAUAUUCUGGUAUCAACAUAGGGCCAGUGCACAAGAAAGACGUCAUGAAGGCAUCCGUUAUGCUGGAACAUGACGGCCAGUACGCUGUCAUCCUCGCGUUCGACGUCAAGGUGGAGCGCGACGCCCAGGAGAUGGCCGACCGCGAGGGCAUCAAGGUCUUCCAGGCGGACAUCAUCUACCAUCUCUUUGACCGCUUCAUGGCUUACCGUGAAGAACUCAAGAAGAGAAACAAGGAGCUGCACAAACAUAUAGCUGUCUUCCCCUGCAAGCUCCGCAUCCUGUCCCAGCACAUCUUCAAUGCCAGGAACCCCAUCGUCAUGGGCGUGUCCGUAGAGGGCGGUAUUGUCAAGCAGGGCACGCCGAUCAUCGUUCCUUCCAGAGAAAACUGUGAGAUAGGUGUUGUGAGCAGUCUGGAGCUAAACCAUAAGAUGGUGGACACAGCUCGCAAGGGUCAAGAGAUCUGCAUCAAGAUUGAAAAUGUUUCUGGCGAUGCUCCCAAGAUGUACGGCAGGCAUUUUGAUCACACUGACCUUCUUGUUAGCAAGAUCAGCAGAGAAUCAAUAGACGCCGUCAAGACCUACUUCCGGGAUGAAUUAGAGAAACCUGACUGGCAAGUUAUGAUUGAACUCAAGAAGUUGUUACAAAUCUUGUGAGAUUGCUGAAUCGACCUUGAACUAUCCGGAACUCUUAUUGCACGACAGUGUGGGAUUCAUCAAGAAAUAUCAUCAGAACGGAUUCUCGAUUUUAGACAAAGAUGUGGAAAGUCACGAUUAAGAGAAGAUUCUAGAAAUCUUCUGGGAUCAUUGAAUCUCCAAACCUUCUAUCUAUUCCGAAGUCAUAAACUAGCCUUUGUGGGCGCCAAGGGACUGCCUUUCUCUGUGCGCAAGCCCAGCUUAAAAUGGAUGGAAUAACAGGGUGGAAUUCAUCAAGAAACAUCAGAACUGGUGCUCAAUUUCUUAAGAAGUGGAGAGUCAUGAUUGCAAGAAGAUUGUAUGACUCGUCUAGGAAUCUUAUAAAACAGUUUUCUUGAGUCUGCAGCUAUUUGGACCAUUGACUAUGUACAACAGCAAGACACAAAGAACUAUUCUCUUUUCAAGUGCUAACAUACCUGUAGUUGGACAUAAUGACAUUAUCUGAGUCAUAGAGAAAUGAAUUAUGUCAGAACUUGUUUGCAAUCUUUGAAGUAAAUUAUAUGUUGCUCAAAUAUUUUGCAAUUUUUGCAGAGGUUGAGUGCAAGCAAUGGACCACAGGGCUCAUUCAUUUUCUUUUCCACCUGUAUAUUCUUUUGCUCUGUUUCUUGAUCUCCAGGGGGCUGUUUCACAAAGAGUUAAGUCAGACUUAAAGUCAUGCCUAAGUGCCAAUGCGCAUACACUAUUUAACAAGCAAUCUCAUUGAUAAGACAACGAAAAGCGCCACGUCCCCUGACCGUGAUCUGACCAAUGCGUUGAUGUGUAAUAUAGCGCCUGCAAGUAGAAACUUAAGCAUGACUUUUAAGUCCAACUUAACUCUGUGUGAAACGCCCCCUAGGACUCCUCUUCAUGAAACAUAACAUACAAUGUUACUUCUCCCUUAUCACUUCACACCUUGGUAAAAAAUUGCUACAUAUCAAUUAUUUUACUAUCGGUGUUAUUACUAUUGUCUGCACCCAUUGCAAUGUGUUUAUUAAUACAAUAAACUAAAGUUUAAGAAACACUUAAAAACAAAUACCACAUUUCCCUUCAUGAAAUAAACAUUUAAAUGCAGCAUAUAAUGUCUUUGCUUUGUUUAACUUAUUCAUGAACUUACAUGUAUCCCUGUCACCGUUUUGUUUUUUUUCUUCAAAUUUUCAAUAUAUUUUUUAAUUACAUGAAAACAGUCUUGUAUAUAUCGCUUUAAGCAUUUACACCGGACUACCGUUUAUGUUUCAUGUCAGUGCAAUUAUUGUACUAACAUCGCCUUUCUGUACAAAGGAGUGGAUACUGAUAUGUCGUAAACGUGAUCUGUUGGUGUAUGAUGAACGAUGAUCAUGUAGGUAGUCGUGAUAGUUUUGCAGACAUACAAGUAACAUGAACAAUUCACACAGCAAUAAAAGAGACUUAAUUCGGACAGGGUGAUAAUUCACAUUUGAACUGAAGAAAAAAAAUUGAAUGAUUUCAUGAACUCCUGGAGAAAAUCCCUCAAAUCAGCCAAGUUAAAAGAUGGGAGUUGUUGCUACCUUGUUUGGCGUUCAACAAUAAGGGAUAGAGCAAUGUCGAUCUGGCGCUGCUCAGUGGCUGCCGGGCCCACGAUCAAUUGGGCAAAAAGAAUUUCGGUUUCGGUUUCAUAAAAUUUGGAGUUGACUAUUAGGCUAUUAUUAUUAUUAAGUUGUUGCCUGAUGCCUGGAAAACACUACCUUUAUGAAGAGAAUGAGAUGAAAUUAAUUUUGAAUGUUAUGGUUGCCAUUUUUGUGUAUUCUUCAAAAUGUGUAUUGAAGACUGAAGAUGGCUAUAUUUUUGUGUAUUGCAUUUGUGAAAGUCAUUAGCUGAGGUUUAUGACCAUAACAACUACAAAACAAAUACUUUUUCCCUUUUGAGUUUGUCUUUUCUUCUAUUGAAUUUAUUUAUUUUGAUUGAUUUUCUUCUUCUGAAGUACAUGUCUAAGUGCUAAUAUGACAAUGUUUUUUUUCAGAAUUAAGAUUAAGUUAAAGAGAUCUGUGUAUUAUAGCUACGCAUGGAUUCAGUGUCUAAUAUUAUCUUUGAAAAUGAUCUUUAAACUUCUUUUUUUUCUUGCAUUAGAUUUAAACUGGAGUUCACAUUUGAAGAAUUAAAAACCUUUAUCUUAGGAGAUUAUGAAUAAAAGUACCAUUGUAAAGAGAGAGAGAAAAAAAAUUACUUUUUCUUGAUUCUUCAACAUCGGAAAUUGUAUGUGAGAAUCUGGUAUAUGAAUUCAUUUUCUCUUGUGCCGGCUGCAGACCAUGU